UUGGAAGGUUUAGAAAGAGAAUGUGUUGAUUCCUACUGGUUUGCAGGCGUUGAUUUCGACGGCAAUUCCAUGUAGAGGGGGCCGUAUCCAUACACUGCGCACCCUCUGCGCACUUUAGCAUUUCUAGGAACGGCAGAGCAGAAUCAGCCAACAGGCAAUAGCUAUCAAAAUUUCUUCCUUAAUUUCAACGAUUGUCUGUCAGCAGAUACCCACUUCCGAUCCUGUACAGAGAUCAUUGAAAACCAUUUCCCAGUAUCCUCUUCAUCAAAACGCUUGUCACAAGAGAGUGGGAAAAAAAAUUUGUGGUGAAGAUGGGGAAGAAGAGGAUAAUGCUACCAGUGGAGGAAGUGGACAUAUCUGCGGUGAAAUAUGAGAAUGAAGUCAUCAAAGCUCCACAUUUGACUGGGUUCUUGUUGAAGUUGUUUGUUAAGAUAAUUGAAGCUCCAUUGCUUGGUUCUUUGAUCGUAUAUUUGGUGAAGAAGGAGAAUAGGAUGGUUGAGUUGUUGCGGAACACUGUGAUUCCAGAGGCACCCAUGUUUAAACCUGAGUUUCCUCCACAAGAACCUGAACCUGGUGUAAUCAUCAUGGAAGAAGAUGGAAAGCCAGAAGACCGAGUUGAAUCAGCCUUGAAGUGUCUUCCACAUUAUGAUCCUGCUAGUCUCUGGAAUGCUGAUUCAUCUCCAUUCCGAUACUGGAAGAUACGUGAUUAUGCACAUGCUUAUCGGUCUAGGCUUGCAACCCCUUCUAUGGUUGCAGAGCACUUCAUCUCAGUUAUGGAAGAGUUCAGAAAUAAGAAGCCCCCAGCACCAUUAUUGGUUUCUUUUGAUGCUGAGGACCUAAGAAAGCAAGCUGCAGCUUCUACACAAAGGUUUCAGGAAGGAAAUCCCUUAUCUAUCUUGGACGGUAUUUUUGUGGCAAUCAAGGAUGAUAUAGAUUGCUUACCUCAUCCUUCUAAGGGUGCAACAAUAUGGAUGCACGAGGUUCGUCCUGUUGAAAAGGAUGCAGUUAGCGUUUCAAGACUGCGUAGCUGUGGUGUUAUUUUUGUGGGGAAGGCAAAUAUGCAUGAGUUGGGCCUGGGAACCAGUGGAAAUAAUCCAAAUUAUGGAACAACAAGAAACCCCCAUGCACCAGAAAGGUAUACUGGUGGAUCUUCCUCAGGCCCAGCAGCACUUGUAGCUUCCGGACUAUGUUCAGCUGCACUGGGAACUGAUGGUGGAGGUUCAGUUCGUAUUCCUUCUUCACUUUGUGGUGUAGUGGGCUUGAAAACAACAUAUGGACGGACUUCUAUGAUAGGGUCAAUAUGUGAUUCUGGGACUGUGGAAAUUAUAGGCCCCAUUGCAUCAACGGUUGAGGAUGUCAUGCUAGUGUAUGCAGCCAUCUUGGGCUCCUCUCCUGCUGAUAGAAUCUGUUCAAAACCGGCACCUCCUUGUUUGCCAAAUUUAUCAUCAUCUGAAAGCUUGAAUGUGAUGGGAACACUGCGCCUGGGGAAGUACACACAGUGGUUUAAUGAUGUAUACUCAACUGAUAUCUCUGAUAAGUGUGAGGAUGUGCUCAAUAUGCUAUCCAAAAACCAUGGGUGCAAAGUAACAGAGAUUAUAAUACCAGAACUGAACGAGAUGCGCAAUGCUCAUAUUGUUUCAAUUGGCUCUGAAUCAGUAUCUUCAUUAAAUCCUCAUUGUUAUGAUGGGAAACUAUCGAAAAUGACCUUGGAUACUCGCACUAAUCUGGCACUAUUUAGGACAUUCGCUGCAUCAGAUUAUGUUGCUGCCCAAUGUCUGAGGAGAAGGCUAAUGUACUACCACAUGGAGAUUUUCAAGAAUGUUGAUAUCAUAGUGACCCCAACAACUGGUAUGACGGCACCUAUAAUAUCCCCUAGUGCUCUUAAAUUUGGGGAAUCAAAUCUUCAGGUUGGAGGUUACCUCAUGCGGUUUGUUGUAGCCGCAAAUCUUCUUGGACUUCCUGCCAUUUCUGUUCCUGUUGGUUACGAUAAACAAGGACUUCCAAUAGGCUUACAACUCAUAGGCCGGCCAUGGGGCGAAGCUUCAAUUUUGCGAUUGGCUUCUGCAGUGGAGGAACUCUGUGGUGAGCCUAAGAAGAAGCCUGCACAAUUUUAUGAUAUCUUGAAAGUGAAAUAGGAAUCUGCCUGCCUAUGACAAUUGGUUUCUCCAUUUCAGCUCCCUCUCUGCAUACUUUGAAACGUCUUUUAUUGCUUAAUAAAUGUUGUCAUAAGAAGCUACUAUGCUUAUUUAAACAAUCCCUGUUUGAAACAAUCACUUGUUUGUUAUCUUAUUUCCAUUGGGAUGGUUAAACCAUUUGGAUCUAAUAUAUGUAUAUACAUUGGGAUACUCUUCAGAAAUUGAAAAAAAAAGUUAAAAGUGUAUGAAUUGAUGGAGGGUAUAAUAUAUUAAAGACCCUUCUGGAUAACUUUCCUAA